AUGAAGUCAGAUUCCUUGCCGACAGAACUCAUCAUGGAGAUAUUGUCGAGAUUGCCUUCAAAGUCAAUAGCGAGGUUUCAUUGCGUGUCGAAGCAGUGGGAAUCACUAUUUGGCCAUGCAUAUUUCAGAGAAUUGUUCGUGACCAGAUCCUCGGCUGAGCCGCGUAUCCUGUUCGCCAUUGAAAAAGAAGGUUUGUGGAGCAUCUUCUCGGUGCCUCAACGUCUUCGUCCAUAUGAGAAGCCUUCAUCGUCGUCGUCGUCUAUUGUAGUAUCUGCUGAGUUUCAUAUGAAGUUCCCUCCAGGCAACAGGCGGAUUGAUCCUCGUAGAAACAACGGACGAUUUCCAUUUGGCUAUGCCUCGGGUUUGAUGUAUUUCUAUGGUUUGAGGAACAAAGAGAUGAAUUACCAUGGAUUGCAUGUGAUAUGUAACCCUAAAACGGAACAGUAUAAAAUCUUACCUUUUCUGGCUUUCAGGUACUUGUUAAAUAAGGCGUAUACCUUUUUCGGGUUUGAUCCGAUUGACAAGCAAUUCAAGGUUUUGUCCAUGCAGUAUCCGUCUCGUGGUGUUCAUCAUAGAAUCAUGACAUUAGGAACUCGAGGAACGAUUUGGAGAAAGAUUAAAUGUCCUUUGAUGCAUAAGACUAUGAGUGAAGGGAUAUGCGUUAAUGGUGUUUUGUAUUACUUAGGUGAAACUUGUAAGAAUAAGAAUAAGAAUAAGAAUAAGAAGAAGAAUAAUAAUAAGUAUGAGUAUGAGGAUGAGGAUGAGGAGGAGGAGGAGGAGGAGUAUGAGAAAUUUGUGAUAAUUUGCUUUGAUGUUAGGUAUGAGGAAUUCAAGUUUAUUUACCCUGAAAGCUUUUGUCAACUGAUCAUUUAUAAGGGUAAAUUAGGUGUGAUUCAUUAUGAUAACGUUGAUGAUGCCAUGGAGUUGCUUGUGUGGGUUCUUGAGGAUUUUGAGGAACAGGAAUGGUCGAAAUACGAAUACACCUUGAGGGAUGAUAAGUUCUUACCUUGUCACGUUUCCGUCGUUGGAGUGACUGCUACGGGUGAAAUUGUUCUAUCGAUGGGAGAUUAUACAUACAAAGAGUCAUUUUAUGUUUUCUACUUCAAUCCUGAAAGGAACACUCUCCAAAGUGUUGAAAUCAAAGGUUUUGGAGAGUACCAUGAAGCAUUGGACAAGCUUAGUAGAGUGCACAUCUUUGUAGACGAUUGUAGUAGAUUCUACACCUUUGCAGACCAAGUUGAGGAUCUUAAUGUUAACGAUCACGAGCUACUCAAGUCAAGCAUCCAUGCUCCAUAUGUGCCCCACCAGUUCGGGCCGGCCCUGAUGAAGAUGAUGAAGAAUCAGAAAUAA